UCACAGAAGCGCUCGGGAACGUUGUGAAACUUUUGGGGAUCCCAAAACUCCUUGAGGCCGACACUAGUCUCGCUCCUCAGAUAGACUAUUACCUCCCUUUCUAUUACGAUUAAGUGGUUCGUUUCCGUGGUAUAGUUUUUGAUUUUCCGCAUUUUUUCCGUUGCGUUAUUCUUAGUGUGGGAAUAAGGUUAGGGUUCGUCUGCCUGUGAAUAACCGAGAUUUACACCUUUUUUUCUGAUGGAGGAAUGAGUAUACGAGACGAAAAGACAGUCGCAUGAUUGAAUGGACAAAAUGGAAUCUAGAGAUGCAUCACUAACACCAUCUGUAAAUUCUCUCAGAAUGGACGGCCAGCAGCUGAAGAACCCUACCAAAGCACAAGGACUGAGGAGCAGUGAACGAAAAGGUACUAUCGGUACAAGGCCAGACAUCACCCCAAAAUCUCCUGCAUCCCCAACAAAGAUGGGUACCAGUCCCCAGUCCAAAAAAGUUCUCGAGACCAAGUACGAGGACAGGCAGAAAUUGGCAAAGGAACGAAGGGAGGAGAGAGACAAAUUUCUGGAUGAACGUACCAAACUUCAAGUUGCCAAACAGAGCAAAUGGCGGGAAAAGGAGGAGAAGGCCAGACAGCUGAGGGAUCAGCAGCUGGAGGUGCGGAAGAAGAGGCUGGAAGAACAGAGGCUGAAGGCGGAGAAACGCAGGGCAGCCCUGGAGGAGAGAGACAGACAGAAAAUGGAGAGGAACAAGGAGAGAUAUGAAUCAGCCCUGCGGAGAUCUACCAAGAAGACUUGGGCUGAGAUUCGACAGCAAAGGUGGACGUGGACUCAAAGCUUGUGUGCAAACUCAAGUCAGAGAGAAAGCAGAUGCUCAGUGUCGGCGGUCAACCUGCCAAAGCAUGUGGACAACUCGGUUAUAAACAAGCGACUCUCCAAAUCUUCCGCCACGCUCUGGAACUCCCCCAGCAGAACCCGCAGCCUGCAGCUGAGACCGUGGGAGAGCAGUAUCGUAGACCGCCUGAUGACGCCCACCCUGUCCUUCCUGGCCCGAAGCCGGAGCGCAGCCAGCGUGCUCAGCAGCGGGAAGGACCGGCAUUCGCCUGUGUGCCCGCGCUCCUCCUCCGCCAGCCCUCUGACAGUCUGCGGCCACCGGCCGCAGCACCGCUGCACCGAGCACUGGAGGGUGACCGCCAGCACGCCAGACAUCUCCCAGCGCCAACGCAGACACGACUCUAUGGAUCAGCAGAAGAAAGGGAAGAAAGACAAGAACAGGGAGAAUGAAAAGGAGAAGGGCACCUUCACCAAAGAGAAUGUCCUCAAAACCAGGCAGUCUUUACCGUCAAUGAAACACCGAGCAGACGGCAGCCCCGGUCCCUGGUCAAAACCGCGGCCCGCCUCCCCGAUAACGCCAAGGGGCAGGCCCUCCUCCCCCAGUCCCACCGCAUCUCCCAAGCCCCCGUCGGCACGGGGCAGACCCCCCGGAACGAAGCCUAAGCCGCGUCCCAAGAGGUCCCAGACCCCCGUGAGGGUGGAGCCUCGCACGUCCUCGCCCAUCGUGGUCCGAGACUCCCGGCAGCUUGCCCCGCCCGAUGACCAUAGGGCCUCUUCCCCCGUUCUCCCCAUCAUAACGUCCUCUCUCCCGGUCGUCCCAGCCGCACUGUCGUCCUCCGUGCCCUGGGCCCAGGAGCAGUCUUCGUUGGUGGGCGGUGGUUCGGGUCCCUCCCCUGGCAAACCCAUGGCCGGCACCAAUGAUCCGGAGGAGGCCACCCGCAUCCUGGCAGAGAAGAGGCGGCAGGCCCGUGAGCAGAGAGAGAGAGAGGAACAGGAACGGAGAGAGCAGGAGGAGAGAGAGAGGGUGUUGCGAGAGGAGCGGGCAGCACGGGAAGCUGAGGAGAGGAGGCGCAGGGAGGAGGAGGCUCGUGAGAUGGCAGAGCUGGAGAGGCUGAGAGACGAAGCUCAGCGUUUGCAGGAGGAGAAGGAGGCGCGGGAAAGAGCUCGAGCCGAGCAGGAAGAGAACGAACGCCUUCAGAGACAGAAAGAAGAGAGUGAAGCCAAGGCCAGAGAGGAGGCGGAGAGACAGCGUCUGGAGAGAGAGAAACACUUCCAGAGGGAGGAACAGGAGAGGCUGGAGAGGAAGAAGCGUCUAGAGGAGAUUAUGAAAAGAACUCGCAAAACAGAUGCAGGAGAAAAGAAGGACACAAAACCUACUACUUCUGCCAUUAUCAACGGCGACGAUGCCAAAAGAGAAUCUGAGAUCAGCAAAGAGACUUUUGACUUCCAGCAAUGUCCUGAAGAGAAAGAUGACUCGUCGCAGGACAGCAUGUCAGACAGUUCCUCAGUGUUGCUGGUCAAUGGAGUACAACCCAAGCAUGAAAAUGGCCUCUCUGCUUCCUCUGGCCAUUUCGAAGAGAUAAUCCAGCUAUCCAAUCACAGCGGCGGCAACGGCGGAGGGCGGGAAAAGACAGAGAGCGGCAUUCCCGACGAAUCGAUCAUGGCCUUUGAAAGCGAGGAGACGUUUUUGAAAAAAGCAGGCAUGAGCCCCCAACAAGUUACAGAAGUGCUCUGAAGAGGGAUGGGUUGGUGAUAUAAGGCCUUAGUUCCCCUGUUCCUGUGCCCUGGGCGUGUGAGUGGCUCCUGUCUGACUGAGCCCUGCCUGGGCCUAUCUGUGCCAAACUGCUCACUCACUGCUCUUGAUAAUGGAUAAAGCGACGCCACGUUCUGGGGCUACCAAGGGAGCAGGGAGAGGGGUUACAAAGAGUCGUCUCUGCAUCCGCAACACAACACAACACAGUACAACACAACAUAACACAGCACAGCACAACACAAUACAAGCCAACACAACACAA